CAAAGCCGCCCUGUGAGGCUGCGAUGCGCUUCAUUAAUUUUAAUAAUUGCGUUCUGCGCUCGCGUUUCGCGACGUUUGUUAAAUUAAUAACGAACGGAGGACGUGAAUUUAUUUAUUUACAAUCAUGAGAGAUAUCUGAUUGUCAAAAAAAAUGGCAAGUAGUACGGAGGAUUACGGUUCGGAGCUCCAAGAAUUACAGUGGGGUGGUGUUGGUGGUGGUGGUGGUGGUAGUGGUGGUGGCGGUGGUUCAUCAACGCACUUUUUACGUAGCAGUACUAAUUUGUUGAGAAAUACUGGGGGCAGUAGUACUGUUGGUUAUUAUGAAGCUGAAGAUUUGGAGCCGAUUGGUGGUAGUGGUAGUGGUGGUAGUAGUGGUGGUGGUAGUGGUGGUGGUAGUGGUAGUAGACACAUCGGACAAAAUAGAGGUUACUACAGUCCUCCAGGUACUAGCUAUACUAUUGUAGAAAGACCACCGAGUGCACCCCAUCAUCACUCAUCUCAUGCGACACCUUAUCGACAUCGGAGUCAUACCACCGGUACCAGUGGUGCUAUUUCACCUGAACAAGUUUUACGAAUUUUUAACAACGGAGUGGCUGAAAGAAGACAAAAUGAACGUAGAACACCAGCAUCAAGCCCAGCAAGUGUAUCAGCAUUACGUGGUGCUAAUACAACAUCAUAUUCAUCAUCAUCAUCAUCAGCAGCAGCAGCAGUAACAGGAGGAAUACAAACAGUUGCAACAAGUCCGUCAUCACAAUCCUCAUCAGUACCACAAGCUUUGAGUCUUCAAGAGCUGACUGUACGGACUAUAACAAUGACACGUGAUCCACCAGAUUCUCAUCAUGGAUUUGGUAUUUGUGUCAAGGGUGGUAAAGAUGCAGAAGCGCAGUCAGGUGUAGGAGUUUAUAUUUCAAGGGUUGAAGAAGGCUCUGUUGCUGAAAGGGCUGGAUUAAGACCAGGCGAUACUAUUUUGGAAGUCAAUGGAACACCAUUUCGUGCUGUUACUCAUGAAGAAGCGCUUAAGAUGUUAAAGUCAUGUAGAACACUAAGUAUGACUGUACGUGGACCGGCAUUAGAUCCACGAUGCCGUGGAGGUCAUCCAAUAUGGUCAACAGGAUCGGGAAGACAACAAUCCUGCUCGUGGAUGGAUCGUCAAGGUCGUCCAGCAUCACCACCUCCUUUGCAUCCACGUGACUCACGACAUGGAUCACGAACUCGUAAAGUUGAGCUUUGUAUUGAACCCGGACAAUCAUUGGGUCUGAUGAUACGUGGUGGACUGGAAUAUGGACUGGGAAUUUAUGUUACUGGUGUUGAUAAAGAUAGUGUUGCCGAUCGUGUUGGUCUUUUGGUAGGUGAUCAAAUAAUACAAGUUAAUGGUACAAGCUUUGAAGAAGCAACACAUGAUGAAGCUGUUGAAAUUCUUAAAACAAAUAAACGUAUGAGUUUAGUUAUAAGAGAUGUUGGUAAAGUACCACAUUCAUGUACAACAAGUAGACCUGUUGUUGUUCCAAGAUAUCAUAAUCAAACUGAUCAUGAUCCACAGUCAAUAUUAGAAAGUCCAGGAAAUCAUCCACCUAGUCCAACGAAUACAAGUGAUUGGAGGAAUCGUGGAGUACAUACUGUAGUAUCAUCAGCAACAGCGGCAAUGGUUGAAGAAAAAGCACGAGUUGUUUUAGCCCGUAGCGAGCGUGCUGCAUUAACACAAUUAAUUGGUGACUAUAGAAAUCGUCGAUUAAAUAUUGAGGAUCUUGUUGCUAAUCUUGCAGAUUUACUCAAUACACAAGAGAAAUUGACACUGCUUACAGAAUUACGUGAAAUAAUUGAUGGCAAAGAUCGAGCCAUUUUUGAUGAUCUUGUUUAUCGUCCAAGAACUUUUACAGCAAAAAGGAAAGGUGAUAGAACACAUUCAGAUCUUAUUGUAACACCUUCAAUACAUGAUUUAUCAAGGGGUGCCCAGACCGGAUCAUGCUGUCGUCCAGGACGACUGUUGGACCUCGAGGGAGAUCCUCUGGGUGUAACUGGUCCACUGCUACCUCGGGAUAACCAGGAAUACAGGUCACCGAGCGAGGACAGCGGUCUUGGUUCUGAUAUGCCUCGUACGAGGGCUGGAUGCAGACACACACAGCAUCAAGUUGCCACAUCUGAUCUUACACUCUCUAAUGAUGACGAGUACGACAAUCAGGAUUAUGAUGAUGAAAUAGAUAACGAUCGAGGUAGAAGACACAGCUCACCAGGUGGAUCGAGAGGUAAUCCCCGUGAUUAUUCUUCUCAUCAUCACUUACAUCCAGAUAAUUUGGAAAGCGACGGCGGUUGCGAAGGUAGCGACGUCGAGAUGAUCGGUAAUGGCCGUCGCGACCGCGAUACCGAGGAUGAGGACGAAGGAAGGGAAGAGAGGAGCUCGGAGGGUGGAAGUGUAGGAGGUUUCGGUGGUUGGAGAUCACACCUACUUGGUGGUCUUACCCAGCGUGUCAAGUCCUGGUACUGGGGCGCCAGACCCCUCGAACUUGCGCACAAAUUAUCACGAAGUUUUGAUAUGCAAGAAGCCCAAUUACUGGAAGAAGGUGGUGCAACUGGUGGUACUGGUGGUAAUUCAAGUGGAAAUGGACCACCAAGACGUCAUCACAGCGCACAAAGAUUAACACGCAAUGAUAUUGCGGAUCGACGUGAAAAAGAUGGUGCACUUGUUGUACCAGAUAAUCAGGGUAAUUUACGUAUUACUGUUAAAAAAACAAAAUCGAUACUUGGUAUUGCUAUUGAAGGUGGUGCUAAUACUAAACAUCCAUUACCUCGUAUUAUUAAUAUACACGACAAUGGAGCCGCUUUUGAGGCUGGUGGUCUUGAAGUUGGACAAUUAAUACUUCAAGUUGAUGGUCAUAAGGUUGAAGGACUACAUCAUCAAGAAGUGGCGCGACUUAUUGCCGAAUCAUUUGCAAGACGUGACCGUAAUGAAAUUGAGUUCCUGGUGGUAGAGGCUAAGAAAAGUAACUUAGAACCAAAGCCAACGGCUUUAAUAUUCUUGGAGGCGUAGCAGAAAUCUCCCACCUCUGAGCCGGAACCACCGUAAGAUUCACAGUCAUAACGAUGAUUUUAUGGUUUUAUGGUUUUACUAUGGCCUCAAAGGUGCUGAGACCUCUUAAACUUUUAACUUAUUUUAUCAUUUGUUCAUUUUAUUAAUAAAUCAUUUACAUAAAAAAAUGAUUAAAGGGGUAAAUACACUCGUUUUGGAUUUUUAAAAUUUUCAGUUGAUACUUAAUACAUUGUUUCAGAAAGAUAUUUAUUUUAUGAUUUUUAAUACAGUCUGAAAAAAUACAAUACUACAACAACAUUUAUAAUGUUGAUACAUAAUGUUUUGUACAUUGUAAGAGUCAUUUUUUUGAGGGCAUCUCAAAUUCGUAUAAAUAAAUAUUUUUAUUCAUUAUCACAGUCUUCAUACAUCGAUGGUUUUGAUAAUCAAUAAUUUAUUAACAUUUUAUGCAAAUUGUAAUCUCUUACUGUAUUUCCAAAUUUAUUAAGUUAUAAAUUUCUUUACAU